AUGAAAGUAACGCUUGGCACAUGGCACAUCACAUUUCUCUUCCUAAGUUUAGUGACAACAAUUCAGACUAAGAUCUCUCAAGCGGCGUUCAAAGGAGACAAAACAUCUAAAACGACAAGUAAAAGUCACCAACAUCACAAAGCGGAGGUGAAGAAGGAAAAACGUUUUAUGAACGAACAUUCUCCGAAAGGCAGAGUAGUUUAUUCAUUCGUAACGGACAGGAACCGAUAUUUGCCGAGAAGGCCGCGCCUGUAUCGAGCUUUCGUUGUUAGGCGUCCUUUAACAGUGCAACAAUCGAUAGAAAACGCUAACACGCGUCAAAACAUUCCUUUCAUGGAGGUGGAACCUACAUAUCAUCAACAGCUUGUAAGAGUUCGUCCCAUUUCGCGACCAAUUUACUACUUGCAAGACACGCCUGAUGAACAAGAAGCAGAGUUCGAGGAUCCAUUGAAUGAACCUGUUACUUUGAUGCCUGAGGAAUUUCCAGGUGCGAUAAAUUCGUUUGCAUAUUGAGGUCAAUAUCCCAGGGUAAACAAAUAGUCACUUUUAAAUACGACUCAAUGCAAAUUUUUUGUCGUGCCAUGACAUCUCACGCCUAAUUGAACUAAAUUGCAUUUGAGGAAGUGAUUGCUGAUUAAUUGUGCUAUUCAUUUAAUUGAUUUGCUUAAUUAACAGAACAUAGAUCAACAAAUUUCACUCGUUUAACAGCUUUACUUUUUUAGUUUUCGUCCAUAAAUUUUACGAGAAAGACGAUCCUUUGACCGAAAUAAUUUGAGAUAAACUCUCCCUAUAGGAAAAUAGGAGUCGGCACCAGAUAAUCGGUUUCAUUUUUUUUUUUUCUUCUAUGUAUAUAUUUAUCAGUACAUAUCGACAGCUGUCGUCCUAAUCCAUGUUAUAAUGGUGGACGGUGUAAGAGACUCAGACAUGGAAGAUUUAGAUGUGUAUGCCAUAGAGGGUACAGUGGUAGAUUAUGUAAUGGUACGUAUAUUCAUACUCAGUAUAUUAGAGUGAAAUUAGAAAUUAGAGUGUGGAACUAACUAACUAAUGUGUGAGUCGAACUCAAAGUCGAUUGCCUAAGACAAAAGGCUUCCUAAAAAUUUUAUUAUGCAUCACUGUAGAAAAGAAGCAAUUUGUAAUGGACUUCAAUGAAAGAUACACAUUUGUUGAUUCUUCGCUCAAAUCCUGGAGGUUGACACUGGAAUUUAAGAAACUUGUCCUUACUCCAUCACCAUCCGACAUCUCAACAGCGAAAGUUAUAAUCAAUUUAGGAAUGUUAAGUGAGCAAUUUAUUUGUAGUGAAGGACUUUAAUUUCUUUUUAACGCUCUCAGACGUCUUUCUCUAUUUUUGUCAUCAUUAUUACCAUUUCAUAAUCUACUCUUUCUGCGAUCACCAUUUGAUUUUAUUGUACAGUGCUGCGAACAAAAUGUAAACCGAACCCUUGCAUGAACGGAGGAACCUGCACUCAGCUGAAUGGAGGCUUUGAGUGCACAUGUUCAUUUGGCUACAAAGGAGAAACGUGCAGUCGUAAGUAUUAACGUACAUGUGUGGACAGCUUUGCAAAUUUAACUAAUCAUUAGUGUUGGAAAACAUUUUACAAAUAAGCUGUUAAAAAGAUUUCAAAAGUUUCAAAUUUGGGGACACCUGCAAAAUUUCUUUUCAAGAAUUGUAAAUUGCUCAAAGAGGCCUGGAUAAAGUCUUACGGAAAGAUUUGAAAAACUUAUAAGAGCAUAUCAAUUUGGAGACUUCACUAACGGAACACUUUUGGUUGUUGGUUUUUAGAGGAAGCCAAGUGUGGAAAUAAUCCGUGUCAGAAUGGAGGCUCGUGUACCGAGCUGGACACGGGCUUCCAGUGUAGCUGUGCUCCUGGGUAUCGUGGUAAAAAAUGUCAAGGUAAUCAGCCUUACUUUUUAGUUAACCUUUAAGCCCCUAGGAGUGGUUAACAUCUUAACCCUCCUUGCAGUAUCACUAUCAAUUAAACAUUAAGGACACGAAAAUAUCGGAAAUAGUCAGUAAUUUGAAAAUUUUCAAAUUUAAAAUUUAAAAGAAAUGGAUAGAAGACAGUAUAGAAAAUAUGCGCAUUAAUUUUAGCGUGUCAUAGAUUAAAGAUUUCAAACCGGUUGGAGGCAGAACUAUUCGCUGUGUAGAAAUCACAGCCAGCGAGUCGAAGGUAAAGCAUCCGAAAAAAAACAAAAAAAAAGCGCCAUCAUCAACCAGCAAUGCAGCUUUUCCCCAGGGCAACUAAGCUGGCGCUAUCUUGAUAAGAAUCUUUCCUCCUAAUUAACCUGAACAUAAGAAAUUCAAUGCAUGGGAUAUUUCAAGCGACAAGUUUCUCCGACUCAUUAACCUAGAAGCAACAAAAACCAUUUGUCGCAUUAAGAGCUAUUUCAAAUGCACCACUAUGGCUUUAAUUGCAGUAAUUUUUAUAUUUUGUCCCAGAAAUAAGCUACUGCUACAAGACACCCUGCAGAAAUGGUGGAACUUGUACUGAAACAGACACUGGGUUCGAGUGCGUCUGUCCAUCACAGUGGAACUGUAUCGACUGCAGCUGUAGCGGUAGGUUUCUUACAUCCGGUGAUCUUCUUCAAUGCAUUUCUUCUCUUGAGCAUUCAUAUUCUUAAUAUCUCGAUUUCUAUAUCCUUCACAUCACUUAUAAAUCAAUAAUAUCAUAUUUUGUUAUCAUUUUCAGCUGUUAAUGGUAUAAAGCAUUCUCUGGAUAAUUGUUUACCAAAUCCCUGCCAAAAUGGAGGCACCUGUUUUUCUACUCAUGAUGGCUUUAAAUGUCUCUGUAUGCAAGGUUACAAAGGAAAGUCAUGUGAAGGUACAAAGAUUAUCAGGUCUCAUCAUAUUUCUAAGUUUUAUUUUAAUCACUGAUCCAAGUAGGAAUUAAACCCUUCCUAAUCAAGGAUCAAAAAAGAUGUAAAACAAUAACGGUUCAAGUGGUCAUCUCAUAGUAAUUUGAAAGCGGAUGUAUUUGUGCCCCAAGAAAAAAUAAAUUUGAGAUCACUUUUAAAGCGAGAUAUUUGAGAAGCUAAGUUUGAUUAACAUCCCUUAUUUCAAGCCCUUUUCAAACGUACAUACGUCCAAGAGAAUUUGUGAACUGAGGCCAAGUAGCUGUGACUAUCUACAAAAGUUUAAUUUCUAUGUCAGCUGUCUCUUUUUAUGUUGGCAGCGGUUGAAUAUUGCAAUACUGAACCAUGCCUGAAUGGUGGAACAUGCAAGGAGACGGCAACGAGUUACAUCUGCCUUUGUAAAAGUAGAUUUCGAGGAAAAAACUGCGAUGGUGAGUAGUAGUAGUACCUUUUCAAAAUAUAGUUUGCUCUGAAAAUCCAAAUCGCAACUCUUACCAGCAUCUUUCCGAAAUAUUCAAUAACGUCUCUUUCGUUCGUAAAACGAGAAUGCUCUCUUUCCUCAUGGAGCAAGAAAACGCAAACACUUUCCUAAAUUUUGGGCCUUAUCUGAAUUUACUCUUUUAUUUAUUUUUAAAAUCGAUUUAUCUAUUUAUUUAUUUAUUUUUAAUGAUAAUAGUUUUCCUUUUGUAAAACCAAAUACAUCAACAACGACAAAGACAAUCUUUCUGUACUUUCUAUUCAUUUAAUGGUAACUGGACCGUGUAGAGUCUAGGUCAAUCUUUUGUCAUACAUGUGAUUAACCAACCCGAAUGCCCGUCAAGCGGAAGUUCGAUUUUUCGAUUACGAGUAUGAUUCCUGACCGCAAAAUUACCAAUUAAGGAUAGCCAUUUUUUUCAUCGAUUUGAGAGCUUGCAAUUCCAAUCUUUAAAAACUUAACCAUUAAAAUCUGACAAAAGCACAUUGAAAGCUAUAAAAACAUCUUUCCAUAUUUUGGAAAAUCCCAACAUUGAUAAGAAAUACCAUUGCUAUAGCUAUAGUGAUCAACCCUUUGACUUCUGGAUUAAUUUGAGUACAAUCUAUGCGAUUGGCUGAUGUAGGCAUCAAAUUCUAGAUCUACGACUGCAACCAACUGUACCUUCAUCUACCAAUCACAUUCGAGGAAAUUGUAGUGGCUAUAGUUAGUUUUGAGAAAUCCACCACAAAUACAACAUAAAGACAAACAUAAAAUCCGUACAUUAACACUAAACUCAUGAAUGAAACAUUUUCAGUGGAAAACCAUUGCCGACCUAAAAACCCAUGCGAGAAUGACGGUUUAUGUGUAGAACUGGAAGAUGAUUAUAAGUGCAGGUGUAAAAUCGGAUAUCGCGGAGUCAACUGCGAAGGUAUGAUGUCUCAUUAAUCGUAUAUCUCCCAGAAGUGGUUAACAUAACUUCCCUCCAUGAUAUUCAUAUGUUGUCCAGCAUAUAGGUAAUGAGAACACUCAAACUUACUUAGUAGAAGUUAUCGUCUGUAUCUAACGCCAAAUUCUUAUAACCAGUUUACAAAGAAAUUAUUAGCAGCUAGAGGGGAGAAUUAAUAAUCACAUCUUGGAAAUUUAAGGGUUUAAGUGCCAUUUAAACACUUGUUUACGUCUCAAGAAAAAGGUUUGAUUAAUUUCAUGGAAAUUCGUAAGUAAGGCGUCACAAAUCCAAAAUUCGCGGUAUUCACUUAUAGAAAGUAGACAGGGUACAUAAACCUCUUCGAUUUUAGCAUAUUUUGAACGUUUUUGUGGUAUGGUGCAUAACCUAUACUUAAAAAUUAUGAUAUGCACAAGUACCUGAUUUUAAAAAGCGAGACCCUUUCCAUUUUUUUCUUUUUUUUCAACAAGAAAAAGAGUAUUGCAUUCCAAAUCCCUGCAAGAAUGGGGCAACCUGCACCGCUGAACAGCAAGGAUAUACGUGUUCUUGUCAGCCUGGCUUCAGAGGAGAAACAUGUCAAAGUAAGUCAAGUCAUUCAGUGAAGGUAACCGUUUUUGAUUUCAUAAUUAUAUAAUGUAUUCAUUAUUGAGAUAAAUUCGGUCUGAAAUAUUCUCAUGUCAAAUUUGAAGCUUGGAUUACAAGUACACCAAAAUGUAUAUGAUACAAUAUUCCACCGCAGAAUCUAAUCAUAUCUCUCGUAACUGUGAGCUCAAAAAUGCGAUGAACAUCUUUGAAAAUUUACAAUAAUUCUAUAAAAUUAUCACCUUUUCCAAAGUAGAAGAGAAAAUUGUGGAUUUUAAAAAAAACAUAUUUUCUUCGCUUUUUAACAGUCCGGGAAAUGUGUGCCUCCAAUCCAUGUCUGCACGAAGGAACAUGUAUAGAAAUGGAUAACAAUACCUUCAAGUGCCUCUGCGUAGCAGGUUGGAAAGGAGAACACUGUCAUGGUAUGUCCAGACCACAAAAGUAGGAGGACAAAGUGUAGUGUAAAGCUAGCACUUGUAGUCAGGCGUCAUUUGAAUUAAAUUGUGACCGAAAAUUUGACCAUUUUACAGGGUGAUGCCUCUCUCUCUUGUUUUAGACAUGCAUCGGAUUCUUUUUUUUAUUAUUUAUUUUAUGAAAGGGAAAGCGAAUGAAGCCUGUUGCAUUAGUUUAUAUGAGUAAAUCAAAAGCCAAUAAUGGUCAUUAAAAAUGCAAAAACUAUUAUUCAUCGAGAAAGUGUGACAAAUUAUUUUUUUUAGAUAAGGAUCUUUGUGUUCCAAAUCCAUGCAAGAACGAAGGUCAUUGUGAAGCACAUGGAUUCUCCUUCCAAUGCCACUGUGCCCUUGGCUUUAAGGGAAAUAAUUGCGCAGGUAAACUCAUUUUCUGUCCUAUUCAGGGCUCAUUUCCUAACGUCAUCAUGUGCCCAACAACAUAGGGAGGAAAAUGAUAUCUCUAUUAUCACGACCGUAAAUAUCGAUAAACUCUGUUCAUGCGAUUUUGCAAUGCAACAAAAGUGACAAAGUAAGAGUGCCUUUGGGAGAGCCAUGAUAUAAGGAAUCACACCAUCUGCAGUUUUAAAGACUAAAUAAGAACUAUACGUCUGUUUAGUGUCAAAUUUGUCUGAAUCAUGAACGCAGUUUUACUUAUCUAAGGUUCACGCAAGUUGAAAUGGGUUCCUGGAGACCCCAUUUGGCGGAUUAAGAUCACCCUUUAAUAAAAAAACAAAGGAAUUCCACUAUUUUGCGAAGACCUCCUUAUCUAUUAUUCAUGACACGCUAUGCGCUAGCAACGUGUAACCAACGUCGUCACAACAUCCCUAUGAUAAUAGUUUAAUUUCAUUUCGUGCAGCAAAAGAUCCUUGCAGCCCGAAUCCAUGUCACCAUGGGGGCCACUGUCUCAGCCACAGUGAAGUUGAUUAUGAGUGUGAAUGUGGAAAAGGAUACACUGGAGUAAAGUGUGAGAGUAAGUCCACCUAUUUGAUGAAUUGCUUACAGCUGCUGCACACCGUGUAGAAUGAUAGAGAGAUAUUAUUCGCCUUCUCACGAGGGGGGAACGAGGUAUUGGAAAAUUCUGUUUAUGAACAGAAGAAAAAAAACCAAGAAAAUUUAGGAUCUUUCUUCUCCUAUUCACUCCCAUGUAGCUCUCGACAUGCUGAUCCUCGCAAGAAUUUUGCAAUAGCUUAGCCUUCCCUGUAACUCUUUGGUAGACUAUUGGAGUAAGAAAUCCGAAGGUUUGGGACUCGGUUCCUCGGCGGGGGAGGAGGGCGUUACUCGACAAUCCAGAUCAAAAUGUAUCUCUGUAUUCCCUUAGCCCAUUUCAAAAAUUCCUAUUUUCAACAACUGUUUCUUCUUCUACCCUAGGAUUUUUUUCUCGAUCAGUUACUGAAAGAAGCUGAAUACUCCAUGAAAUGAAACGAUAUCGAGAAAAAUGUGAAACAUACACUGCUUUCUUUUCUUAUCGUUUAAAUGAUAUGAAAUAUUUGUGUAUGUGCAACUUUUAUAUGAUUAUAUCUUCUUUAAAGCUCGGCCGCGGCUUUCUUUUUCAUCAUUACAGGAGUAAACCCUUGUUACCCAAACCCCUGUAAAUAUGGAGGAACUUGUCAAACAACAACAGAUAGUUUUACAUGUAACUGCCCCACUGGAAGAGUUGGAGAAUUCUGCGAAGGUAGCAAACCAUGGAUGACGCUCAUCAUAUGCAUAAGCGGCUGAUAAAGUGUCGUCCUUCUUGUUUUGUGGUGUUUUGUUUUCUUCCGUUUCAUUUCAUCACCAACAAUAAUCAUUAUCAUGAUUGAGGUACAGGCCUUCUGAUGGACAAAUUUUGAUAUGACUUGGUUGAAGUUUAGGGGAUCAUCAAAAAUUAAGGUUUCAUAGUCCACGGUUUCUUCUUUUAACAGAGAUUGACCCUUGUCUGCCAAAUCCUUGCGAAAAUGAAGGAGCUUGCAUUAGACUGAGCCACGGCCAGCACCAAUGUAUCUGCACUAACGCUUUUGUUGGUCCACUUUGCACAGGUGAGAAUCGGUAAAAAGAUAAAAUUAAAGACUAGAGAACCUCAGACGAACAAACAAUGUGUUGCUUUAUGUUACAUCACACCAUAGUCUAAAAGAAUAAAGACAAAAGCGCAAAAGUAUUAAAAAUUUCAUUGGCUCAAAGAUAAGAAAAGAAAAAUCCACUGACGAGCCAGGGCUCAGCCCACAUGAUUAAUCCUUAAUUAAGCGCGCUAACCAUGAAUUAAGAUAAUGUCUCCAACCUCCAUAUCAAGUUAAUAUCAGUGGAAGAAAAUGGAGCAUAGAAUUCGAGGGAAUAGGGUUCGUUUCCUAAUCGGGUUCAACUUUUUCCUUUUACCUACCUUCUUGACAAGACCAAUGAAAUCCUUCUUUAUUCCAGCGAGCCUACAUUCCACCAUCUUUUUUCAAAAUGAGAUAAAAGGAUGAUAAAAUCCAUAAAAUGUCCAUCUAUAGACUUCAUGCAGUUUUGUUGAUUUAUUUUUUUAGUUUCAAAUCCAUGUCUACCCAGUCCAUGUCUUAACAAUGGGACCUGCGUGAAUAAAGGCAUUGCAUUUGAAUGUCACUGUCCAGGAGCCUUUUCUGGAAAGCGAUGCGAAAGUAAGUAGACUGUAUCACUUUAUAUUUCUAGGAGGUUUUAAAUUUAUUUGUUUUCAGACACCUUCUUAGAGAUUUAAAAUGUUCAGUUUGUCUGAAAUAUCUCUCAGAACGUAGCUCUCAUCUAAUGAAAGGAUCUAAUUUGUUUUAUUUCUUUUACAGUUCAGUCCAAGUGUUUUCCAAACCCUUGCCUUAAUGACGCCACUUGCCGUGAUGUUGACAUAGGUCGCGGCUACGUGUGUUACUGCUCCAUUGCAUACCUGGGACCCGACUGUGAAAGUAAGAUUACUUCUUAUUAUAACUAAACCUAAUUUGUUCGCAGAUAUUCACGAAUAGCAUUUGAUUGAAGAAGUUUUACUCAAUUUUUCCUUUCAAUGCCAAAAAAAAGUCCGCCAUCGCGCAAUAACAAGAGAAAUAGUUUACGCCGAUGUUGAAUAGCACGGUGCAUGGUAGUGCCACGGAAACGGAGACUGUUUAAAUCCAUUCUCUUGGAAAAGUCGAAGUGAGACCAAAAACCAAGAAAGACGAAUCUUGAUUUUGUUCAUCGCGAUUUCUCAAAAUGUCCAGUUGGUACCGUAGACUUGAUCUCCAGAUUUAGAAGGAAAUAUUUAUACAACGAGAACUUUAUUAGACAUUUUCUGCUUAGUCGGAUAUGCUCAACCGAUGAUCUACAGUUUAAAACAUCAGUUGUCUUCUCAACAGAAACAAAUUUGUGCUUUCACCACAACCCUUGUCAGAACGGAGGCACGUGCAAAACUGAUGGAACCAACUUAGCGUGUCAAUGUCCUCCGGGUUAUCUGGGUUCGCAUUGUGAACGUGAGUGUUUAGAUAGUUAGAGGCUAACUAGCUUUAAGCUCUCUUGAAACGUAGUUUUAAAAUAAUAGAAGAAAUUGAAAAAUAAAUGUUAAUAUUUCUUAGAAUGAUAAUGGAAGGCUCUUCUGAUCGUGUUCCUUGACUGGUAUAAACCCAGAAGCUUUAGAAUGAGUAUUCUGGCUAAAAACGUUUGAAGCUAUUUUUUUUUAAAUUUUUUUUAACAUUCUUCAACAGAUUGUUCCUAUCUGAAAUGAAUGACCAGUGUUAGUUAACAAAUGAUUUAUAAUAGAAUUAUCCACACAUAGAACAGCCAAAGGUUUUUUCAGUAAUUUUUUUUAAAAGGACUUUCAAAUUAGUUGUUUUAUGCCUUUCAUUCAUUACCCAUUCGUUUCUCCAAUUUUUUUUCUUCGAAUUAUAGAGGCGAACUUCUGUUUUUCGUCGCCCUGCAAAAACGGAGGAACAUGUUCUCCAAAGACUGAUGGCUUUGAAUGUGACUGCAAACAAGGAUUUUUCGGAAAAACUUGUGAAGGUAGCCACUUUACGUUUUCAGUAGAUAUCUUGGAAACGCUCUGUUGACUUGAUUAAUAUUUUAUAACUUCGUCCAAGCAUUGCUUAAUUUGUGGUUUUCUUUUCCUUUUUUUUUGUUUAUCAAAUGGUAAAUGCCUUAGCAAAGUGGAUUCGGAAACUAAGUCAAAUAAUUUUGUAGAUAUCUAGUUAUGAAACGCUCUCAUACAACUGUCAACAGCCUGUAUAAGACAAUGAAGAAUCCUGAUCCACAAGGAGAGCAGCAGUACUAUUCCCUCUUGCAGAACUUGCUACCUUUCAUCCACUACCACACAAUUUCUUCAAAAUGUCAAUAUUAUCAACUGAAACACCAAAUUAUGUCUUGCAGUAGCUAUAAAAGUAAGGAGAGCGCUAAAAGUUAUUUUCAUACGCUGUAGCAAGCUUUUUAAUUUGCAGUUUUAAGUAAACUGGUUCCUCUUCAGUAAAUUAAAUUUAUUUUAUGACCCUGAAAUUCCGCAGCUUUGAGCAGUCACUGUUUCCCAAACCCCUGCAAAAAUGAUGGGUUGUGUGCUGAAGUACAGAGCAAGGAGGGCUAUAUUUGUGUUUGCAAGGAGGGAUUUGUUGGAUCGCAUUGCGAAAGUAAGAUUUGCAUGAGACUACAAUCAGUUGAGAUACGAGCAAUUAAUCGAGUAUGCCCUUAUAAUUAGCGUCGAUACUGAAUGAGUACGCAUGAGUGCCAGUAGAUAAUGGAGAUGCUCAGAAUGGAUAGAUGGUUGAUUCCCUUUUGCUAAAUGCACCUUUUUAUUAUUUUCCAUUCUUCCUCAGAAGUUACAAAGCGUCGCUCGGGCGAACUUUAGGAAUUGAUGGAAUUCUGAGCUACUGACUACCACGUUAUGAUCGCUGCAGUUUUUCUACUCUCCAGGUUUACUAACCUAUGCUUUUCUGUUUUAUCCUUAUUAGGAAAAGAUCCGUGCAUUCCAAAUCCCUGUCAACACAAUGGUACAUGCUUACAGGCUCAUAACAGGCGACGAUAUCACUGCCUCUGUCAAGCCGGCUGGCGAGGAUAUGCCUGCGAACGUACGUAUGUCACGGAAACAAUGCUGUUGAGACAGUGAAUCAAAUCUUUAAGUCAGUUAAUGUUUAAAGUUGUAAACUCAAGUCUUAAUUGUUAACCGUCCUUAUUUUUAUUUCUAUCUUUUGCUUCUCAAUCAGGUGGCGAUCUUUGCUAUCCCACCAACCCUUGCCUUAAUGGAGGAACAUGUUUCAAUGCCCUCGACACCUUUAUUUGCCACUGUCCUAAAAGAUAUUCGGGAAAACAUUGUGGAAGUGAGUAAUAUAUUCCUGAUUCCUUCGCCGGUAGUCUCUGGCUAAAAUUAGCCCACCACUGACAUAUUAGCACACCUAAAAAAUGUACGUCACCUCUUUUUCAAGUCUUAUUGCAAUAGUCUAUGUACCUUGGUGAAGAACUCAUACCAUUAACUUAUAAUCCAGUAUCUCUUUCACAUAGAUGACAAGUGUGCGCGUUGUGACGUAAAUGCGAACUGCGUGGAUGGAACGUGUGAAUGUAGACAUGGUUACGUUGGCAACGGUUUCACGUGUACUCGUAAGUUGAAAUAUCAAAAUGAUUGAGUAUUUCCUCCGCAUUUCUGUGAACUGUUUGGUUUCCAAUUGAAACGUCACUGAUGCCACGUUGUUUCUUCGUACCUAAUAAUUUUAAGGUAAUACAGGUAUGCUGAAUGAAAUCUCUGAUUUGUGACAUACUUUACACGGCAGGCAUAGAAAUCAUCGAUCAUUUGUGGUGCAGUAAGUCCUGUAUCUGGUUUUUAACAAAAUUAGCAGGAAAGAUUAAUGGUUGUCCAAAUGAAAUGCCAAUUUGAAUAUGUAAUGCUCCCUGCUUUUAAUCUUAAAUGGUAAAUUCGUUUCUGUUUAAGCUGUUGGAAAUCCGUGCCAACCCAACCCUUGUGAAAAUGGCGGAACAUGUCAUCCAGGACAUGGUGAAAAACUGUUCGAAUGCACGUGUCGCGAAGGAUUCGUCGGCACUAAGUGUGAAGGUGAGAUAACAUGCAUGAUGGUUGGCAUCCAGGGUUGCGAUCUGCAAUGAGCUUUUAAAAUGCUCUUUGACCUACCAAUCCUGAAGCAGAAACUCAGACCAGAAAACCAUCCUUUCGACUACUUGCACAUGGUUCGGAGAAAAAUCAUUUUUGGAAGCUUAAUUACUUCCCCUAAUAAAGUUCUCAUCAACGUCCCAUCCCAUACCCAUCCAAACCUCUUGAUCAUACUUUUAAGAUAAAAAUUUGGUCAGAGAGGCUUGCAAAUAGGAACUUUGACUUAUUACCGUGAUUAUUAUAUCAUGAUUGCUAAAGAUAUUAGACGAUUGCGUGAUGGUCCGAUCACAUUCACGGUAAUCUUUUUCGACAUGACAUUUAUUAUGUACUGUUUUAUAAAGUGUCUUUUAUACAAAGGAGUAAAUAAGCGCAAUUUCCUGAUUAAGGUAAUGAAACAAAAUUAGGUGAUUUUUUUCUUAAUUUUAACAGAAUCCAAAAGUGCAUGUGCAUCAAACCCGUGCGCUAAUGGAGGAACAUGUGUAGAUGCCACAAACAAUGAUGGUUCACUGCUGGAGGGCGUGAUAUUCACAAAUCAUUCACAAUUCAAAUGUGUUUGCCCCAAGGGUUACGCAGGAGAAAACUGUCAGAGUAAGUAGAUGGGUCGUAUUUAGUCGAAACUUGUAGAUAACGCUGACUAGUUUGGUGGUAAUUGGUCCAGAUUUCAGCAGUGACGGAUCAACUUGAACACAGUAAAUUUCCAUAGGAUAAUCCGCUGUGUCUUCAUUAUCAGUUUAUAAUUUGAUCAAGCUAAUAGAUGUCAGUUUUAUUAUCAUAGCUGCUUCUUUAUUCACUUCAACAGAGCUUGUCAUGAAUAAUCCUUGCUCCACCCACCCAUGUCUCAACAAUGGGACUUGCUUUGACGAUACAAACAGCGCUGGAAUAGAUCUGAAACUGCUAAAUGCUUUAGACUUUCGUUGCUUCUGUCCAAUUGGAUACAGUGGUAUUGUCUGCGAAAGUAAGAAAAUGAAUUUGUAAAUAAAAGUUGUUCAUGUAACUUUGUGAAAAUGAUAUCUCAAUCUCUCUUCUUGAAAACAAAAAAGGAGAAUGUUAUAGUUCAAAUUACUCCUGCGUUUCUUUCUUGAACAGCACCUAAGUCAGCAUGUCACUCAAGCCCAUGCCUCCAUGGUGGGACCUGCUUAGACUCUUCAAACACAGCUGACGUGGCGUUUAACGCUAACGGUUAUAAAUGUCUUUGCGCCGCGGGCUUCAUAGGAAUGAAUUGCGAAGGUAAACUAUACAUGGCGAAUUUCUAUCCACUACAAAGAUAGUGCAUAGAUAGAUAAGUACUCUGGUUGUAUCAAUUCCUAUCAAUUUACUGGAAAUUUCCUAUCGUUUCAAUAGCCAGCUCAGCAUCUGAAUUAAAGACUGCUACAGUCACAGGUAAGUUUCUACCUUUAAAUCUAUUUGGACACGGCUUUUAUAUCUAUAAGCGAGUUACCUUUGAAAAGAAGGCAAGUCAGAAAAAAAACUUUUCUUCGUCAGGGAAUGCUAGCCUGGGAAGCGAUAGAUACAUCUUUUCAUGCGCAUAGAUAUGUCAGUAUAAGUCCCAACAAUUGCUCUUUGAGGACGUCUGGAGAAACACAAAUAUUUAAACAGCCUAUUACACUUCAUCAUCAUCCCUCUAUUGCACUUUUUCUGUAAAAACCCGUAAAUGACCAGCAUAAAAUAACAAGUUUUUAAUUUUGCUUGUUCGCACUGCAUUAGCAAAUAUUAAAAUAAAUCAAUAAUUUACUCAGAAUUGUUAUCACUUUUUCUAAAGCUGCCCUUCAGGCCACAGCCAAACCAAUAAGUGCACAGGGAUACAAACCAGCAGGUCAGUUAUAAUUCUAUACGUCCUAUCUGACAGAAUUAAUAAAUAUCCAAUAAAGACCGCUAAAAUAAAAUGUUUUCUUAUACUGUAAAGAAACAGUAUCACUGAUCCAUUGCCGUCCUAAAGGUAUAGGUCUCGCUUUGAUAUACGCAACAAAUGGUUAUAGAACUUCCGCAUUUCGCCUCAAACUACUACCAGGGGGAAUGGUAGAUGUUUUCAUCAUUAUCGAAAUGGUAAAAAUUAUUUCCCGCCGUAUUACACAUGCACCAUAUUUCCCACAUGACUAGAGUUUUUAAUCACGGUAUUUUAUGUUUUUUUUCUGAAUUUGCAGCUCCGGUGAUAGAUGUUCAUGCAUCCUUAGGGACACCAGGUGCACCAUCAGGUAAAUACUCCUUGGUCAGCAGGCCUGUGGCCCACAACUCUUGACGAGGUCGAUAGUAAUGAACGUUUUUCGAUAUUAGAUUCUAUGCCUGCUAGCAUGUAACACUUAAGAAAAUCGGUCCUAGGACAUAAGAAAUUGUACAUCAAUAGGUGUUUCGCUGCUCGUGUGAUCUGCUAGUAUUCCGAGUACACUUUUUCAUUGUGGAAUUUUCUUUUAUAAAUGAGGUAAGCUUCCCUGUUACCACACGGCUGUGAUCAUGUGUUGACUCUAGGAACAUUGUUCAACUUCUCACACGAAAAUUGGGUGGCGAUAAUCAUGUAGACUCCUUAUUCGAAUCCGUCUAUUAAGAAUAAACCUUCCCGUCGAAAAAAGCUCAUUUUGAGGUCCAUUUCUUGGUCAGAAUCCAUUGAAUUAGAGCGAUCUAUUCAUGAAAUAGAAGUAAGAAACAUUUUCUUGAGAUCUAUAAUCCCCGCGUUGGCAAGGAAAAUAAGCAUGCCAUAAAAUAUUGCUUUACUUUGGUUAAAAGUUUGAUUUUGUGGCCAAAUUCUUUUAUUUCGUUUACUGCAGCUGUAGCCUUGGUGCCACAAGAGCCAAAGGAAACAAGCGCAGUAUUGGGACAAUUGGGUACAACCCUACUAGCCAAACCAGUUACAAGUGUAACCAAGCCGAAUGUUGGUCUGACAGCCGAAAUUGAAAGACCCAAUCAAGGCCAAGUUGGUGUUGUUGUGAUUCCAAAAUCUGCUCAAACACCUCCCGCCAAAACUUUGACUGCGACGGUCCAAGGCUAUGCCCCUCCCAGUUCCUCGAGUAUGACAUUACUUACUUGUAACAAUCUUCAAAUAAAAAGAUAAAACCCUCUCGUCGGAGCCUUUUCUCAAGUAUCAAUCAAUGCCUCUUUUCUCUUGCAGGCAGAGGUCUUGCGAUGGCAUUAGCACCAGGUACACUAGGUCAGAUUGGUUACGUAGUGCCUGCAUCAUCAUCUUUACUGCCAUAUGUGGCUUCUCCGAGCCUGGCACCAGCACCUUCUACUAAUUCUCUUCCAUAUGUGCCUUCCAAAGCAGCACCUGCUCAACCGCCAUCAGCAGGUCUCAUUUCGUCACCUCUAGCAAUGUCAUCUCUGCUUGCCGUACCAUCUUCAUCACCUAAAGUAGCUCAGGCACCUGGGAUUAUAAUGCCCCCAGGGCUAUCACCACCUCCGGGGAAUGGACCUGUCACUUUGGCUGUACGAGGAGGGACACCUGUUUUUGGCCUAGCGGCAAGAAGACAAACUUUGAAUCAGAGGUCAAGAAAUCAUGGUCCUUUCUAUUCAAGUUAUAACGGUUAUACGAGUAGGAGCGCCAACCGAAGAAAUAAUCAACAGAGUUAUAGACAUUAUCCUUAUACCAGAACAAAUUGGUACUCGAAUCCAAAGUACGCCAAUCCUUUCCAACGGAGUUACAGACGCGUAAACAAGAAAAAACGAAGCAGUCACGAUCAAGGUAAAACAGUCUAGCUUAAUGAUGAACUCAUUACACGCCUUUUUUUUGCUGUUAUUUGAAAAAAAAAACGAGUUUCUCGAGCAUUACUCGAUCGUCUCUCUGUUCGCUCUGACGAAGUGCUUAUGCUCAAACUGUUAUCUUUGAAACUCUUUACGGUGGCCAAUUUACGAUAUCAACUCAGUUGAUAAUACUAAAUUACCCCGUUAUACUCUCACACCGACGCAGCACCACAGUUUCUUUAGAAACCUACCCCUUCUGUUCAUUCGUCUCUUCAUUAUCCUAGCAAACUAAGAGGUAUGUUGAAAACUGCUCUUUGCCAUAAUGCAGACCCCACAGAUCCUUUACCAACUAGUGACAAAUGAAUGGGAAGAAAUUCUAAGCUCCACCAACAGAUGGCAGAUUUCAAAUCUAACUUAACUACUUAUCCAUUAUUUGGCAGAAGAAGACGACAAGCCUUUGAAGAAUACCCCAACCGACCACCUAAACGCUGAGGAAGAUGUAAAAAGAUCUUCAUGAAUGGCAACUCAAGGAAGAAGUGGUCCUUCCCAGUAAAUUUAGUCCUUCUACUACUUUGAUAACUUCCUGUGCAAUUUAGACAAAUAUUUGGUUGUUGUAACUUAAAAUUUAGCAAUUGCAAUUUUCUCAUCUUUAGGCCCUUUCAUUAUAUUAAGCUUUUUUUGUCCUUAUAUUUUCAACCUUCUUGUUUUCUCUAUACCUAUUUCUAGGAAAACAAUUUUAAAAGAGGCAACAGAAAGCUCUGAAUUUUGUUUCUGACCAGAGGAUAAAAGGAUUUUUCAUGAGCUCGGUUAUUACUCUGAUGGGAUACUGCUCAUAAUCACACGCAGUGUCAGAUUAAACUAUCGGAAGUAUGCAGCAAACAUCUUUUUUUAAGCAAGAACGGUUCAAACACGAAACUUCUACACCUAAACAUGGAUAAUAGAAAGAAUUAUGAUUCCAGUCGGGAAAUAAAAGUGUUAUCUCAUCUGUGAAGAUUUAAAAUGUUUUGGUUUUUAUCAAAUGAGAUGUAAAUUGGCCACAGUGGAGCUUUCUACAGACUGAAGUUUUGUUAUUCACUUUAACGAAGGGCAGGUGCUCGACAUGUUAGUUUUAGAGACUUCUUACAGUGGCAAAUUUACAUUACCCACUCAGUUGAUGAAACCAAAUUAUUUUGUACUACCACCCACAAACGCAGCACCACAGUUUCUUUAGAAACUUACCCACUUUGUUGACAUGAGUACUGAAGUCCAUCUUUGUAUAUUGUGAGGAUGUUCAAUCGCUAGCUUUCUUUAAUCUAAUUUCGAGCUUUGAACGAAGAAUUUUAUCAAAGCGAUGAAAAUGAAUAUGGUGUCGAGAUAGG